CGGGCGGGCGAGCCGCGGAGGCGAGGCAAGGGGUGGCCCUGCCUGGGUGGUCUCCUGCCCCGCCCCCUGCGGCGCCGUUACCUAGCAACGGAUCCGGCUGCAAAGCUGUGGGUAAUUUGCCGCCCCCUUAGCCAAUGGGAGGGCGUCACCCCGGGCCCGCUCCUUUUUUCUGAGGCUCCUGCUGCUUCCCGAGAUCCACAGUCGCCACCUUGAGCUGUGAGGUGCUUCGCAGCCCGUCGCGUCCACUCACACGCGGAGCCCACUUUGGACCACGGCCCACAGAUCCAGCGGGGCUUGAGACCACCACCCCGCACCGCCGCUCCGGGCUGCUCCUGUGCAUCUGCACCCCCGCGUCUCACCCACGACGGCAAGUUCACGGCCCCUAGGAAUCCCCAGGUGAAGCCGGGCGGCCCAGGGCGCCAAGCUAGCCUAUGGCAGCGCUCAGAUAACGCAGGUUGGGGGCGCUCGCGCCCCCCCAUCCUCACCAGCAUGGUUCGGCCACUGUCCCUUGGAGAGCUGCCUCCCAGCUACACACCUCCAGCUCGGUCCUCCGCACCGAAUAUCCUAGCUGGGGGCCUGCAGGCUCCUCUCUGGCUUCGUGCUUACUUCCAAAGUCUACUCUUCUCCCUGGGGUGCAGGAUCCAGAGACACUGCGGCAAAGUGCUCUUCCUGGGACUGGUGGCCUUUGGGGCUCUGGCACUGGGUCUUCGAGUGGCUGUAAUUGAGACAGACUUAGAACAGCUCUGGGUAGAAGUGGACAGCAGGGCGAGCCAGGAGCUGCAUUAUACCAAAGAGAAGCUGGGAGAGGAGGCCGCAUACACCUCCCAGAUGUUGAUUCAGACCGCGCGCCAGGAGCUGGGGAACGUCCUCACCCCAGAGGCGCUCGGGUUUCACCUCCAGGCAGCGCUCACCGCCAGUAAAGUGCAAGUGUCACUUUAUGGGAAGUCCUGGGAUUUGAACAAAAUCUGCUACAAAUCAGGGGUUCCCCUUAUUGAAAAUGGAAUGAUUGAACGGAUGAUUGAGAAGCUGUUUCCCUGUGUGAUCCUCACCCCGCUUGACUGCUUUUGGGAAGGAGCCAAACUCCAGGGGGGAUCUGCCUACUUGCCGGGCCGCCCUGACAUCCAGUGGACCAACCUGGAUCCCCAGCAGCUGCUGGAGGAGCUGGGCCCCUUUGCCUCUUUGGAGGGCUUCCGGGAACUGCUAGACAAGGCACAGGUGGGCCAGGCCUAUGUGGGGCGACCCUGUCUGAACCCUGAUGACCCCCACUGUCCACCUAGUGCUCCCAACCGUCACAGCAGGCAGGCUCCCAAUGUGGCCCAGGAACUGAGUGGGGGCUGCCAUGGUUUCUCCCACAAGUUCAUGCACUGGCAGGAGGAACUGCUCCUGGGGGGCACAGCCAGAGAUCUCCAAGGACAGCUGCUGAGGGCAGAGGCCUUGCAGAGCACCUUCCUGCUGAUGAGUCCCCGUCAGCUGUAUGAGCACUUCCGGGGUGACUACCAGACACAUGACAUUGGCUGGAGUGAGGAGCAGGCCAGCAUGGUGCUGCAGGCCUGGCAGAGGCGCUUUGUGCAGCUAGCCCAGGAGGCUCUGCCGGUCAACGCAUCCCAGCAGAUCCACGCCUUCUCCUCCACCACCCUGGAUGACGUCCUGCACACAUUCUCUGAAGUCAGCACCACCCGUGUGGUAGGAGGCUAUCUGCUCAUGCUGGCCUAUGCCUGCGUAACAAUGCUACGGUGGGACUGCGCCCAGUCGCAGGGUGCCGUAGGUCUUGCCGGGGUGCUGCUGGUGGCCCUGGCGGUGGCCUCAGGGCUUGGGCUUUGUGCCAUACUUGGCAUCACUUUCAAUGCUGCCACUACUCAGGUGCUACCCUUCUUGGCUCUGGGCAUCGGCGUGGAUGACAUCUUCCUGCUGGCACAUGCCUUCACAAAGUCCCCACCCGACACCCCUCUCCCAGAGCGCAUGGGUGAGUGUUUGAGACGCACGGGCACCAGUGUGGCACUCACAUCCAUCAACAACAUGAUCGCCUUCUUCAUGGCUGUCCUGGUUCCCAUCCCUGCGCUGCGGGCUUUCUCCCUGCAGGCAGCCAUUGUGGUCGGCUGCAAUUUCGCAGCAGUAAUGCUUGUGUUCCCAGCCAUCCUCAGCCUCGACCUGCGCCGGCGCCACCGCCAGCGCCUCGAUGUUCUCUGCUGCUUUUCUAGCCCCUGCUCUGCUCAAGUCAUUCAGAUGCUGCCCCAGGAGCUAGGGGACAGAGCAGUACCAGUGGGCAUUGCCCACCUGACUGCCACCGUGCAAGCCUUUACCCACUGCGAAGCCAGCAGCCAGCAUGUAGUCACCAUUUUGCCUCCUCAAGCCCACUUGCUGUCUCCAACUUCUGACCCCCUGGGCUCUGAACUCUACAGCCCUGGGGGGUCCACAAGGGACCUUCUUGGUCAGGAGGAGGGGACCAGGCCAAAGGCGGCCUGCAGGUCCCUGCUCUGUGCCCACUGGACUCUCGCCCAUUUUGCCCGCUACCAGCUUGCACCGUUACUGCUCCAGACACAAGCCAAGGCCCUGGUGUUGCUGUUCUUUGGGGCUCUUUUGGGCCUGAGCCUCUAUGGAGCCACCUUGGUACAAGAUGGGCUGGCCCUGACAGAUGUGGUCCCUCGGGGCACCAAGGAACAUGCUUUCCUGAGCGCCCAGCUCAGGUACUUCUCCCUGUAUGAGGUGGCUCUGGUGACACAGGGUGGCUUUGACUACGCCCACUCCCAACGCGCGCUCUUUGAUCUGCACCAGCGCUUCAGUUCCCUCAAGGCCGUGCUGCCCCCACCUGCAACCCAGGCACCCCGAACCUGGCUUCACUACUACCGCAGCUGGCUCCAAGGUAUCCAGGCUGCAUUUGACCAAGACUGGGCUUCUGGGCGCAUCACCCGCCACUCUUACCGCAACGGCUCUGAAGAUGGCGCCCUGGCCUACAAGUUGCUCAUCCAAACCGGAAACGCCCAGGAGCCUCUGGAUUUCAGCCAGCUGACCACGAGGAAACUGGUGGACAAGGAGGGACUCAUCCCCCCAGAGCUCUUCUACAUGGGGCUAACCGUGUGGGUGAGCAGCGACCCCUUGGGCCUAGCAGCCUCUCAGGCCAACUUCUACCCGCCGCCUCCCGAAUGGCUGCAUGACAAAUACGAUACCACGGGAGAGAACCUUCGCAUCCCAGCAGCUCAGCCCUUGGAGUUUGCCCAGUUCCCCUUCCUGCUGCACGGACUCCAGAAGACCGCAGACUUUGUAGAAGCCAUUGAAGGGGCCCGGGCGGCAUGUGCAGAGGCGGGCCAGGCAGGGGUGCAUGCCUACCCCAGUGGCUCCCCGUUCCUCUUCUGGGAGCAGUACCUGGGUCUUCGGCGCUGCUUCCUGCUGGCGGUCUGCAUCUUGCUGGUGUGCACCUUCCUCGUCUGCGCCCUGCUCUUACUCAGCCCGUGGACAGCUGGCCUCAUAGUGCUGGUCCUGGCGAUGAUGACCGUGGAGCUCUUUGGUAUCAUGGGAUUCCUGGGCAUCAAACUGAGUGCCAUCCCCGUGGUAAUCCUCGUGGCCUCUAUAGGCAUUGGUGUUGAAUUCACGGUUCACGUGGCUCUGGGCUUCCUGACCAGCCACGGUAGCCGGAACCUGCGGGCUGCUAGCGCUCUGGAACAGACCUUUGCCCCUGUGAUGGAUGGAGCUGUCUCUACAUUGCUGGGUCUGCUCAUGCUUGCUGGGUCUAACUUUGACUUCAUCAUAAGGUACUUCUUCGUGGUGCUGACGGUGCUGACGUUCUUGGGCCUGCUCCAUGGACUCCUGCUGCUGCCUGUGCUGCUCUCUGUCCUGGGCCCUCCACCACAGGUGGUACAGAUAUACAAGGAGAGUCCACAGGCCCUGAGCUCUGCAGCUCCACAGAGAGGCGGGCUCAGGUGGAGCAUGCCCCCCACCCUGCCCCAGAGUUUUGCCAGAGUGACUACCUCUAUGACUGUGGCCCUCCACCCACCACCACUGCCUGGAGCUUACGUCCACCCAGCCUCCGAGGAGCCCACGUAGUCUCCCACUGCCGCCCCAGCUGCCAGCAGCACUAGCAACCUCAGUUCUAGAGGACUGGGUCUAGCCACCCAGUGAAAGAGUAUCAGAAUCACAGAGACCCCACAGGGCCAAACGGAGUCACUGGGAGGCAAUGGGUGAGGUAUGGAAUGUAGGAUGGACCCCUGGAGGGCCUUAUGCUGCUUCUGCAUCUUGUCCCCUGACUCAGUUACCACAAACCUAGCUGACACCCAAAUAAAAACAGCUACUGCUUGGACAAGAGCCUGCCAGCACAUAGGAACUCAAGGGGGCUCGUGUCUGGAUCCCGGUUGGGCUGAGAGGCUACAUUCUGGCUGCAGUGUGGCCCUGUCCUGUUCCAUCCCACACUGUCCCCUCAGUAGACCGAGCCUGAGGGUUCCUAGCACAUUCUCCCAUCCCUGGCCCGUCAUUGUUUGAUGACUCCUAGGGAGGCCCUCUGCUCCCCUCUCUCCUUCCUACCACAUAAAUUAUUUAUAUGAAGAUGUUUAUUUUUGUAUAUAGAUGCUAUCACUGCUCAAAGUUCUAUUUUUAAA